AUGGAGUCUAGCGCAAGGAUUCCCCUUACAUCUGCUAGUCACGUGACGGAAUCGCGGAGUCCGAAAGAGCAAAAAUUGUCUCCUACUCAGCAGCAGCUCAGCUCAAAACCAAACCAGGUUAGCACCGUGCUGCUGUACGGGAUUCCAAUCGUGUCGCUGGUGAUCGAGUCCCAGGAGAGGCUGUGUCUGGCGCAGAUCUCCAACACACUCCUCAAGGAAUUCAGUUACAACGAAAUCCACAACCGGCGGGUAGCUCUGGGAAUCACGUGCGUUCAGUGCACGCCGGUUCAGCUUGAGAUCCUGCGUCGGGCCGGCGCCAUGCCUGUAUCGUCCCGACGCUGCGGUAUGAUCACGCGUCGGGAGGCCGAACGUCUCUGCAAGUCCUUUCUGGGGGACAACUCUCCUCCACGCCUGCCGGAGGACUUUGCCUUCUCAGUACACCACGAAUGUGCGUGGGGGUGCCGCGGGGCCUUCCUGCCCGCACGAUACAACUCCUCUAGAGCCAAGUGCAUCAAGUGCGCCUUCUGUGGCCUCUUCUUCUCGCCAAAUAAGUUCAUCUUCCACUCUCAUCGCACUGGCCCCGCCGCCAAGUACGUGCAACCUGACGCCGCCAACUUCAACUCCUGGAGGAGACACAUGAAGCUCAGUGGCUCGCCGCCAGAUGAGAUCACACACGCUUGGGAAGACGUAAAGGCGAUGUUCAAUGGCGGAACGAGGAAACGUUUAUUGGCGUCUGCAGCCGUCGCUCACAACCAGAGUCGCCACCCGCCAUCAACACCGACACCGGCCAAACAAGUCAAGGUAACGCAGGAAUCCUCGCCGUCCACAGCACCCUUCUCGGCCACCCCCGCCUCUAUCCCCGCACCACCGCCCCGUGUUCCACCCUUCCCUGACCUCCCCUUGCCACUUUCCCGCAGCCUGGUAAUGGAUUACGUGUGGCAUCACAGCACCAGCAACAUUAAGCACCAUCAGUUCCCGUUCCCGCCUUACGCGGCACUGCCCUGGCUGGCGAAGCGGGGGAGCCCGUUCCUGGGUUUCGGACCGGCGCCCCAUCCCGACGGUUCGCUCCACGCAGCGGUGGGGCCACAGCCGGGCGACAACAAGUUGUAUCAGUCGGCGUUCCGACCCGUGCACCCUGUGUUACCUCGGCCCUUGGAGCCGGAACAGCGGCCGGACUACGAACUGGAGGCCUGCAGCGACGAGGAGACAGUGGACAUCGAGACGACAGAGGAGGACGUGCACGCAAGCACCGACAGUGUUGCCAACCGCUGGAGCAAGGAUCAGUGGCAGAAAAAGACUAUAGAAAUUAAUUUUGGCGAGGGAUGA